AUGAAUGAUGGAGAGCAGCUGUACCGGGCGUGUCAGUCAGAUCCACCAAAGGCGCUGCAGCUGUUGACCAGUUGGGACCCACAACGCAUUCGAGAUGCUGCCCAAUUCAAAGAUGAUUGGCUUGGCGAUGCACCACUGCACGAUGCCUGUAGUAACGGUCAUGACAAGGUGGUGGAGAUGCUGUUGAAGCACGGUGUUGAUGCUAAUGCCAACAACGACCUCGGCCAUACACCACUGCACUAUGCCUGCAUGUACGGUCAGGUCAAGGUGGUGAAGAUGCUGUUGAAGCACGGUGCUGAUGCUAAAGCCACGUUCGACCCGGUCCAAUUGACCAACAAAGCUCUCUAUCCGUCCCGACGGACGUCGCACAACCCUUCCAAGCCGCUUCCUCAACUCUUACACAGCGUGGGCAUGACGCUGGUCAUCAACGAGCUGAAGCCAGAGCGCAUGGUCGAACUGGGCCACAACACACCGUCGGCACUCCUCGAGUCGGGCAUGCACGAGCUGUUCUGGUCGGCCUACGAGCAGCUCUCGGAUCAGGGCCUGGCCGCCGCUGCGGUGACGCGUCUGUUUGACGACAAUGAAGGGCAGUAUCAGCAUCGCCCCAUGCGGCAAGUACAGCCGCAAACCGUCAGCAGGUACCUGAGUCUUGGAACACGCCUGGUCCAAUUUUUGCUGCUGCUGGAGGCCAUGCCAGCCCCCGAUCCGUCCAGCUUUCUGGGCCAGGUGCUUGCCAGCCGUGGCCCUGCGGUAAUCAAUGCCACCGUGGCUCUGAGGGCGGGCCUGGACGAUGAAAUGACCAAGAAAGAGCUGGUCGAGCCCCUGACGUCUCUGUGGCUGGCCCUGGUGGAGGUGGAGCUGAGCCUCUUUGACAACGACAAGGUGCACUUUGUCAACGUCUUCUUAUUGUGCACGGCCGUGUCCAAAGGAAGCGGCAUCCUGCAAGACAUCAGGCAGUGGACCACGACGCCCGCUGGACUGCUGUACGUUUUCAAAUUGUUUCUGCUUCGCCGUGGCAAGAAUGAGUCGUGGUCAGUGGCCAACGAGCUCAGGCCGUAUAUGCAGCCCGGGCGAUUGGUGCAUUUCUUGAGCCAGCGCAUGAGCAUGGCACGAACAGCGAGCGUGGCCGAGGGGCAGGCUGGAGUCGACGUCGAGGUCCGAGCCGAUGGCGACGUGACGGACGAGACGCUGCGCACCAUUGUCUGUCGAGGCAUUGAGCUCAAUGUGGAGGAGCUCGGGGCUGCAUUGGAGCAGAUGCGCAAAGACAUGACGGAAACUUUGGACAAGCACCUCUUGCUGGACUCACGCCUGCGGAAAGAUUACGAGAAAGAAUAUGAGCGGCUGCGAUUGAAGGAGGAUCGGACCAACAGGGUCAAGAACUGGUGGGUGGGCCAUGGCAGUCCAGCCGAGAACGCGCUGUUUGAUCACAUUGGCCAGACCCCGAGUCUGCGGCAAGAGUUUAUCCAAACGGAGCAUGGGCCCAGUGGCGAGCUGACCUUUCGAGAGAACAGGGUGCGGGUAUGGCUUUCAUAUGUGUGCAGGUUCAACGAGCUAGCACUCACCUACACGCACAUUGCCGGAGGUCUGCCGCCACGAGCCUCUGUGUAUCAAGGGCUGUCCUACGAAAACGGCGUUGGCCGGCAACGAUCUGCGUUUUUUGCCGAGAAGCAGCUCUCCAUAUUGACCCGCGUGAGCAAGACCUACUGGCUGUCCCUGAACGAACAGCAUACCUUUCGAUACAUGGAUCAGAAAAUCAGCACGCUGAUAUUCAUGUAUUUGCUGCUGUGCAAGCCUCUGGAGCACAUGCUGAGCAGCUGGCUGCAAAAGCGGGGCAGCCUGAAAACCCCCGACGACGAGAAUGGCAUUCACAAUGCCGAGCAGGACGACGAAGAUUUGCUCGACGACGAGCUGGAUGAAGACCACAUGAGCCACAACGAGACGAUGACUUUGCGACGCGAGGUCCGGGACGCUCGAAACCACUACAACAACAGCCACCUGCUCUUCAAUAUUGCGCCCCUGCAGACGAUGGUCAGCCCAGCCACCAUCUAUGCGGCAUUUCGUCGGCAGAUGACCACGUACCUGCAUCGGCCAAAGCUGGGGGUGGCCACGUGGCGACACGCCGCAACCUUCUGGAUGACGACGUUUGUCAUUAACCGACUGUCGGCCGAGACGACCGGCGCCCUGGGCAGCCUGAUCCACACUCAAGCUCAACACUCUGGGGACACGGCCCAGCGGGCCUAUGCGCGCACAGCGAGUGACCAUGUGCAAACCAAAAUGUCGUCGCGACUGAUGCAUCAAGUGGCCUCGCAAAAAUGGCAUGCUUUGUUUGGACUAGAUCGCAAGCGCAGCAUGGCCAAGUUGACAGCGAACCAAGAAGCAUUGGAAGCUCGCUAUCCCAUCAGCUGGAACCCGGUGACUGACCUCUCGCCCGAGGCAAACGGGCGUAUCAUCAUGAACACGAGGGCCGAGCAUGACGUGGCAGAUGGCCUGGACGUGCUCAUCGUUACGACCGACAUGUUUGUCCGCGUGGGAUCUGAAUCGCUACACGGGAAGGUCUGCUUUCAGCGCAUCCGCACCGUGGUCGCAGCCAGUGUGGGCUCUGGCAGAUGGACCAACAUCAAACGCGUGGCAUUGACGGGAAAACUUUGCAUCGGGGACCAGGAGCAUCUGUUUCGAAAGCUGGGUCAGCAAGUGGGGGGCAAGGUGUACCGUCUGGAGACGAUGCGGCGCGAUCUGCAGCUGCGUGUGCUUCACGGAAACCAGCCAAACUUUUUGUCGCAUGUGCAAGCCAUUGUGGACACGCAGCGUAACAUGCGUCAGGCGAAUGGGGAGCGUGUGCACAUGAUGGUCUUUUGUGACACUGUGAACGAGGUGAAGCUGCUGUGUGACCAGCUGCACGCACGCGGCUACGUGGCCUUGCCCUACUACACCGACCUGGAGGAGAAGGCGCAAAAGGACCAUGUGGCACAGUGGCAACGGGGUGAAUGCGACGUCAUUGUGGCCACCAGCUGCCUCAGCACGGGUGUGGAUCUGCUCACCAUUCGCCACGUGCUGUGGUAUGGCAACGGCUACAACAUCUAUACGCUGGCCCAGGCCUUUGGUCGGGCUGGUCGCGAUAAACAGGGUGGAACUGCCGAGCUGUGGCUACCAGUGAGACGUGGGCCAGCACCAGGCAUGGAAACUUUUGUCGAAGGCAGUGCGUGCCGCAGCUGGGCGCUCGGCAAGUUGCUAGAUCCCCGCGCCGCGACAUGCUUUGCUGCCGGCCAGCCGCUUUGUGACGUGUGCGCAGGAACAGCACAGCGCCUGGAGCCAGCAAGAGCUGCACGCCAGCAGCGCGCUGCCCAAGCGUUGAGUGUGGCGCAUGUGGAAGCAGAGCCCGAGGCGAUGGCGGAGGAGGAAGAUGUGUUGUCUGAGCCACCUGCAGCACGGCUCGAGGAAGAAGAAUCGAUCGGGCCAGAGUCCGCCUUGGAUGUAGCUUCAGCAUCAAACGUCGAAACGGCAGCGUCUUCAGGACCAGCUGCCGUUGCGGCGCAGUCGAGCAGAAGCACUCCACGUGCCCAGGACACGGCUGUGGUGGCGACAAAUGCAGGGCCAAUGACGGAUGCUGCCGUGCCACGGAUACAGACAAGUGAUGCUUGGAUUGAUGAGGCAGAUACAGCAUCCAUGUCGGUGCCAGCUUCACCCAUGGUCUCUGAUGCUGAUGACGAGGCGCCUUUACAGCAAGACGCGCGUGGCCCGGCGCAAGCCACGAUGGCAGAGGACGAGAGCACGCCACAGCCAGUCAUGCAGUCAGCAGCACAGCCAACCCCCACGAAACACGCGCCAACCCCGUCGGCCUCGAUCAUUUGCGUGCCAGUACCAUCGGCCUCGGGUUCAACCUCGUCUCUGGCGCGAUCGGCUGCAAGCUCAGCCUCGGGUACACUGCGGCGUAACCGAGUGCCGCUGGUUGCUGAAAGUUCAUGUACCCCUGGGUCUGGCCAUCAUGACGAUGAUGGCAACGGCAUCGCUACCAGCCCUGCUCCCUCAACAUCCAAGCGAACGGCAUCGGACGUCACGUGCACAGCUGCUGCUUCUUCAACAGCGGUUCAAGCAGCAGAGUCGCCUCUUCCCGCAGCAAAACGAGCAGCAUCAAGUGGCACGCGCACCGCUACCGUUGCCGCUACUGCUACCACUCGCUCUGAAGCCACGGUAUCUGCUGCGGCUACGCCACCGAAUCGGCACAACGUCGCGCCAAUAUUUCGGUCGAAAUCGGGGACAAAAAAAAAAAAUCUGAUGAACUACGCGGCGGCUGACAAGUUUAUUGGCGUUCUGAAGUUGAUGGAUGAUUACUGCAUGCGAUGUACCAUUCGACAGGCGAAACCCGUCCUGAAGGCCGAGCAUCAAUGCACGCGCCACGAUGAAGCGGGCCAUGGGCGGGGCGCGCGCGCGCUCCUGGUGGUGCGUUGUCGUCGUUGUGGCGCGACGGGCAAGUGCUGCCGAGGUGCAAGCGACGUCAUGGAUGAACGGGUGGCCAAGCGACAUUGCCGCGUGACCGUCAUGGAUUUACCAUUCUUGCUGAUCUCGUGUUGGGCUGCCAUUUGUUGUCAAGACAAUUCCUCGCUCUGA